UACAGUUAGGCGACCAUUGAAUUUGAUGGCCUCUUGGAGGUGACGCUGCUCUGUCAAGGGGAAGCUCUCUUGGAACUCACGCUAUCCUUUCAAGGGACUUCAUGGGAAAUAUAUUCUUAAGCCUGCUUUUUACAGUUACCCUGUUUAUUCAACUGAACAGUAAUAGUGGUGCUCGAGAUACUCUUUCGCUGGGUGCCUCGCUUACUGGAAAUCAGACAAUCAUUUCAAAGAAUGGCACAUUUGAGUUGGGAUUCUUCAGCCCAAAUGGAAGCAAAUGGUAUAUUGGCAUCUGGUAUGCCAAAAUUCCAGAGAAGACGUAUGUUUGGGUGGCCAACAGGGAGACUCCAGCGAGAAACCGGUCAGGCGUUAUGAAGCUGUCACGAGAAGGUAAUCUGGUAUUGUUCGAUGCAGAGGGCGCAUCUCUUUGAUCCUGUAGAUACCUUGUU